UCUUCUGUUUUGGGGGAGUGGAUCCUCUGCUUCGCGCAACGUGGUUUCCUGCCGAGAGUCAAUCGAGGUCUCUCGACGUGGAGUUCCUGUCUCGACUCGGUGGCGCUUGCCAGUCCCGAUUCUUCGGCGGCGGCUGAAUGGACUUUGAUUUCGAUUGAUUUUCGCUUUUCGUCGAUUUUUAAAACGGACUUUAUCCGUGCAUCUGGGAUUCCUGCAGAAACUCGACGUCCCGGUCACGAACUUUCUCUUUCGUCGUCUGCAACCUCCCCCUGUGGGUGUGACGAAACCGGAGACGUUCCCCCCACCCCUCAAAGCAGGCGGCGGUGGACACGCAGUCGUCGCUGUGCAGGCUUGCGCUCUUUGUUUCGCUGCAUCGACCAAGAAAAAAGGGCCUUUUUUAUCAGCAGCAACUUCGCCCACAGCCGUUCGUGCUGCAAGAGAGCAGCGUUGUAGCGUCACGCGCCGUUUUUCCUGGACUCACACUUGACCCGUGUCUGGUGCGCGUGUCUUCCAGACAAGGUCGUUCUUUUUGCCUUCUGGUGUGUGCUCGAGUGUAUGUCUCUUCGUCGCACAGCGGCUUCCGUCAGGUGUUGUUGUGUCCCGUUCUUCAUUUCAAAACCCAUCUGACAGCGUAAACUGGAGUUGUGCGGCCAGAGGCACCGAGGCAUUUCCUCUUCGUCUCCUCCGGGGUUGUGUGUUCCUUUUCAGCUCGAUACAGAGCCCAUCGUUUUCGCUCGAAACGGGGGGUUAGCGCAGCGGGUGCACUCCGUGUUCGUUUUGUCCACGAAUUCCCUCGAGUCGUUCAUCCAUUCUGCAAAAAUGGUGGUGACAGCGUCUCCGGAUACGUACCUCCAUGUCAUCGACUACGGUUUGAAGAAGGUGCGCCUGCGGUUCGACCGCCUCCUUCUCCAGGCCUUCAUGGCUGGCGUGUACAUUGGGAUGGCGGGGAACGCAUGUAUUUCGUUGGCCGGUGGGUUUUCCACGGAUCCCGCGGACCCGAAGGCGAUCACGGCGGGCGUGCAGAAGUUCAUUUACGCGUCGAUUUUCCCGGUGGCGUUCAUUGCGAUCAUCAUGACGGGCGCGGAGCUGUUCACCGGAAACACGAUGACGAUGCUGAUUUGCUGGUUCGAGCGCCGCAUCACCAUUUGGCAACUGCUGCAGAACUGGGCAGGCAGCUUCCUCGGCAACUGGCUCGGCACGAUGUUCUCGGCCUACUUCCUCACGUAUCUUUGCUGUCCCUUUGACCACGACCCGUACCUGAGCUACUUGAACUACACGGCGGCAUCCAAAGUCAGCUACGGCUGGGGGAGUUGUUUCUUGCGGGGAGUUGGCUGCAACACCUGGGUGUGUCUGGCAGUGUGGUUUGUCGUUGCAUGCGAUGAUGCGGCCGGAAAAAUUCUUGCACUGUGGUUUCCGAUCGUCGCCUUCGUGCUCUCUUCCUACGAGCACAUUAUCGCGAACCUGUACACUCUGCAGCUCUGCGCGAUGCUCGGCGUUGACACCUCCCUCGCGGACAUGAUUGCCUUCAACCUCUUGCCCACGCUCCUCGGCAACCUGUUUGGCGGCUGCGGGUUGAUCGGCAUGGUCUACUUCUACAAUUUCUAUCCCGUCGUUGGCCACGGCGACGACGCCGCAGAAGGCAGCAUUUGCGGCAGCAGCGAGAAAGAGGAGUGCCCCUCACUGGUGGGGGUUCCGCGCGGCGCCUCCGUGAACAGUCUGGCUGUUUCGGCUAUUCCGUCGGUCUUCUCGGCGCCUCGCGGCCAGCGAGAAAGCUUCGCCGGUGAAAGCAGCACCCUCGUCAUGGGCGACAUCAAGCGACAACGCAGCAUGGCGUCGACUCGGAAACUCGGCGGGGGUGCUGACAAAAAGGACGUCCAGCUGACGGUGCGACAGUUCGACGAAACGGAAAUGCAAAGCACUAUGGAAGACAUGUUUGGUCUCGAGGAUCCGAGAAACGCGCCCAAGGGAAACCCUGGAACUAAUCCCCCAAGCAAAUCCCCCGAGUCCUCUGCGACCGGAGGGACGGGUGCCGCCGCCUCGCCCACAGCGACAAGCUGAAGGAAUGCGCCUGAAAGUGGAUUCGUGUGAGGAUGGAUAUGCGUUUUCCAGAAAAAACGCUCGGGAGAGGGCUUAGGUCGAAAAAUGUCCAGAACUGUAUUGAGGUGUGGGAUGGAGGUCGCGCGCUGGAACAUGCGUUUUCAGAGGACGCGCCCCGUGUCGGAAACGGAUUUUUUUUCUUUAGAAGAUCUUCGACUUCGUGGCAGUUCAGAGUUCUGCCGUAGGAAACACACUUGCCAGGCGACAUGCUCUUCCCGGGCGUCAAUCGGGACAGUGAGAGGAAAGGUCGUUCGGCUGACGGUGGCCGGCGUCUUAGGGAAUUUGUGGAACGGUCGCGUGGUGGUAGGAAGGAAGAAUGCAGUUGCAGUGUUGUGGAGCUUAUGUCAACCUUGAAGAGUUUCUUCUGAUAUCAUUUCACGAUUUUUCCCUUCUCGAGCCCAACCUUUGCGCGGGUUUCCAACUCGCCUCAGGUCGGCGGAAAGGGAUUUGCCCUUGGGUUCGCGACAGAAAGGACUCGCAGGCUGAUUGUGAGCGUCUGGAGAAUGUGAGGGCGGCAUGUUGGCGCUUUCGAAAAAAACAUCCGAACGAGAGUCAUUGUUCACUGCAUCGCCUUCGGCGGUGUUGCUGCCUUUCCGUCAUCGAGCUGCUUCCCGAAAAAACCCGACCAGAGUGGUCGCAGGCUGGCGUGUAACGGUAUGCUAAAGUUUGUUUUGGGUGGCGUGCACUUUUUUUGUGAUUUGUGCUUCGGGCGGGGAGAGUGAAGACACUGCUGAACAUGGAGACCCGCACUCUCUGGUUGCGAGCGACUGAUCGUCGUCUAGUGGGGAACUGUCGCGGAGGCGUCAAAUUUUCCUGCCUGCAGAGGAAGCUUUUCUGUGCUCGCGCUUACAGUCUAGCGUUCGUAAUAGCGAUCUAAGCCGGUUCGUUGCUGCUUGGGAGUCCUGUGGAGGCGUUUUGCGUGCCCUCAAGUGAGUGUGCCCUCACACGUCAAGACCUAACAGGGAUCCAUGUGCUUUUGGAGCGCGGAUUCGUUGUACACGAUGAGCGUCUCUUUUAGGGAAUUUUCUUGCGAGGAGCAGAGGAGAUGUUUGUGUACUGCUGAACGGCCUGGACAUUGUGUUACCGUCCGCAUCUAAAACGGGCCGAUGCACGAGUCGUGAGUUUUUGUAUAGAUGGCUGCUUGGUGAAGCAGUUCAAAAUAGCUGAGCGACUUAGUUUCAGUCGACUUGUGGCGGUCAACUUCUGAGGUCGGUGAGUGGUCAACCUCCGAGGUAGAUGAGGCGGGGAUCGAUGUCUAGGCCCAGCAAUAAAUCUGCGAGUUCCUGCGCAUACCCAAGUUCUGCGGAUUGUGUUCGUGUGAACGAGUCUAGGCUUCACCCAGUGCUGAACUGUGAUCUCUGCUUCGCUGUGAUGCUGACAACUCCAUGCGAUCUGCGGCAGUCAUGUGCUUGCGCUGUGUCUGGCAAUGGCCCAAAACACUUUAGUGCUGUGAAGCAAACUGUCAAGCGAAUAGAGUGGCUCGCUUCGCAACAGGACGUUCACCGGCGGGAUACGGGGAUUCCUUAGGUGUGUCUCUGUCCGCUUACACCCAAUCAUCAGUUUCAACAAUCAUUAUCACCGAAACGCAAAUUCAGUCGCACGUUCACCGACAAAAAUAUAUUUGUGUAUGGUCACGUCUGCCCCGCACUCGCCGUUUCGCCCCGGUAUGGGUGAGUUCCCCGCGAACCCUCCACAUACGGCUGUCUCUGGUGUGGAGAAAAGUAGCUAGAACUGGAGUUCGGCAGCAGAGGGGGCUCGAGAAUAGCCAUCGUUUUAGAUGUUGUCUUCCAGAAGACUUUGUUCCUCGCUCUCUGGAGUUUCGUCUGGGCCCUCGAACCCAGAGAGUCGUUUUUCCUGGAGGCGCCUAAGCGCCAUGUAGCACCACAAGCCUAGAGGAGCCGUAGCGACAAACCACCAGUGGUCUUUGACUAGCGCAUUCGCUUUCCAGAAGUUAUACGCAGGAAGGGAUGCGUCAUUCGAGUAUGUGAUGUUCCACCAGAUGAGCACACAGAGGCUCAGAGGCAACGCGAGCACAGUGAAAGCUGUCGCGAGACUCGUAACGGAUUUCCAGGUGCCUACUGCCCCCACCAGUCCGGCCAUGCCUGCAACGACUAGAACGACCCCGUGAAUAAUUAGGCAGGAGUUUGGGCCCUGUGUUGUCGGAGCGUACAAGCGGCUGUUCCAGAAGCCCGCGCAUUCGAGCAUGGCGAUGAACAGACAAAGCAAGCUGAACACGAGCGCACCUGUGCCGACAGUCAUCCCGACAGCCCAGUUGCCCAGCCUGCGCAUCUCGCCGGGACCAGAGAGAACGUCUUCGCGAACUUGCCCGAGCGUCUUGUAGUUUCUGCCUUCGAAUCCAUCCCCGCCAGCAGCUUGCACGUUGGCCAGCGAAGCGAAAACGCGGACCAUAGGAAUCGCCACACCUAGCACUAUCCAUAGGGAACCCCGAACGCCGAGGUACCAGACGAUAACGCACAAGAAGCUGAAAACACCGUUUAUCAACGCCGCCCACGUCAGCAGGGACGUCAGCCGCGGAACGCGGAACGUGACGGCAGCAACCGACAGGAUCGCGACCAAAAUGUCGAAACCCGCUACGAUGAAAAGGGAGAUGAUCCGGCCUUGAAUAAGCGCUGAAGCUGAACCCAGUGGUGUUUUCAGAA